CCGGCCCGUCCCCAUAAAAGCGCUUGUUCCCAGCCUCUCGGGGAGAUGAACCUUAACCGCCCCGGCGGCGCGGCACGCAGGGCCCGGCCAGCGCCCUCCCGCCCGGGUCUGGGUGCUGGCUCAACACCUGUGACUUCACGUGUGUGCGCCCCCACAUUUGUGGUCAUAUCAGCGCCACCGCUGCCCAGAACCCCACACCUCGGCGACGUCGUGGCCAUCAGCCCCCAACCACGUCUGUGGUCCCGACACCUCUAACAGCUGGGCCACGCCAUCUAAGCUUCCCGCCUGUGCUCACACCUGCCUGCUGGCCGUGACCACCCCUCCCCGCGGAGGGCCUGCCUGCCUCUCCACGCCAGUCCUUUGCAGGGAGCGAUGGCCGUGGCUCCUGACAGGGGGCCCCCGCGCCUGCUGUUCGGAGACUGGCUUCUGGGGGAGGUCAGCAGCGGCCGCUACGAAGGCCUGCGGUGGCUGGACGCGGCCCGCACACGAUUCCGCGUGCCCUGGAAGCACUUCGCGCGGAAGGACCUGGGAGAGGCUGACUCGCGCAUCUUCAAGGCCUGGGCUGUGGCCCGCGGGAGGUGGCCGCCCGACAGUGGCGGUGGUGGAGGUGACCAGUUGGCCCUCGAGGGCGCACUCCGCGCCAGCUGGAAAACCAACUUCCGCUGUGCGCUGCGCAGUACGCAGCGCUUUGUGAUGCUGCGAGACAACUCGGGGGACCCCACUGACCCACAUAAAGUGUAUGGGCUCAGCUCCAAGAUGGGGUGGAGAGGUGCGGGCACUCCCCAGGGUGAGACCCUGGAAGAUACCCUGCCCUUGAUGGGCGGGCUCCCUAGGCUCGGGCUGAGCCCUGAGCCCUGUGCCCCGAGCCACCUUUCUGGCCCAACUGGCAAUGCUGAGGACCUCUUGCUCCAGGCUCUAGAGCAGAGCUGCCUGGAGGACCAUCUGCUGGAAGCAGCGUGGGGGGUGGACCCAGUACCCCUAGAGGCUCCUGGCCCGGAGCUCCCCGACAUGGAGCCGUCCCUGCCAGGGGCAGUCGAGACAGUCCCCAGGCACCAGGCCCAGGUGACAGGUGAGGAGCCAGGGGUGUGUGGAGGAGGGAGGGGCUGGGGGACCAGGUGCCAGCUCAAGCCUUCCUCCCCAGAUGCAGGCCCAGCCCCAGCCCUGGAGCCCUGGCAGCCCCCCCAAGAGGUGGAGCCUUGUACCCCAGGGGCCGGUGAGCAGGUGCUGGUCAGGCCCAGCUGCUUACAGCCCGGAUCACAGGCAGAGCCCAGCCUGAGGGCCCUGGAUGUGACCAUCAUGUACAAGGGCCGCACAGUGCUGCAGGAGGUGGUGUGGCAUCCAAGCUUCGUGUUCCUGUACGGGCCCCCGAGCCCAGCUGCCACAGCGCCCCAGCAUGUGGCCUUCCCGAGCCCGGCCGAGCUCCCUGACCAGAAGCAGCUGCACUACACAGAGAAGCUGUUGCAACACGUGGCCCCUGGCCUGCAGCUGGAGUUGCGGGGGCACGGGCUGUGGGCCCGGCGCCUGGGCAAGUGCAAGGUCUACUGGGAGGUGGGCGGGCCUCUGGGCUCUGCCAGUCCCUCCACAACCCCCCGCCUGCUGCAGAGGAACCAGGACACCCCCAUCUUCGACUUCGGCACCUUCUUCCGAGAAAUGAUGGAGUUCCGGGCACGCCGGCGUCGGGGCUCCCCACACUACACCAUCUACCUGGGCUUUGGGCAGGACCUGUCAGCUGGGAGGCCCAAGGAGAAGAGCCUGGUCCUGGUGAAGCUGGAGCCACGGUUGUGCCGGGCACACCUGGAGUGCGUGCAGCGAGAAGGGGUGUCCUCCCUGGACAGCAGCAGCCUCGGCCUCUGCCUGUCCAGCUCCAACAGCCUCUAUGAGGACCUUGAGCACUUCCUCAUGGAGGUGGAGCAGCCGGCCUGAAGGCCAGACCCCUCUCCAAGCCAAUAAAAAGGACUCAAGAAUCC